AUGGUUGAUGCAAAUCCUAUCUCUAGUCCGGCUGAACCUGGAUCAAGACUUACUCUUUCUGGUGAUCCCCUGCCUGAUGCAUGUUUAUACCGUAGUGUUAUUGGUGCACUUCAAUAUGUUACUAUCACUAGGCCAGAAAUAUCCUAUGCAGUCAAACGAGUAUACCAAUUUAUGCAAGCACCCACCAUUGCUCAUUGGUCAGCUGCCAAACGCAUACUUCGAUAUCUAAAAGGAUCCAUCCAUGAUGGUCUCUUACUACGACCUAUGUCUAAUUCUAGCCUGGUGGCCUUUUCGGAUGCUGGUUGGAUCUCUAACCUUGAUGAUAGUCGCUCCCAACAUGGUUUUGCACUAUUUUAUAGAGGUAACCUGAUCAGUUGGUCUUCUCGCAAACAAAAGGUUGUAGCCCGCUCAAGCAAUGAAGCUGAGUAUCGUGCUUUAGCUUUUGCAA